ACCUUCAUUCUCACCUUUACCAUGUCGGAAUCUUCGGAAGCGCUCGGAUACGAUUCAGGUCCAGUGCGAAAUUGGGGGCCCAUCAGCCUACCAGCUCUACGCCCGGAUCCCAAUGAUCACCUACAAUACAUGCGCCUAGCCCUCGACCAAGCGCAAGAAUCACCACCAAAACCUUCAAACUUCCGAGUCGGGGCCCUCCUAGUCGAUGCAGAUACAGGAGAUAUCUUGUCACGCGGCUAUACGCUUGAGUGCGAAGGAAACACGCAUGCUGAGCAAUGCUGCCUUCUCAAGUUUGCUCAGGAACAUGGACUACCUGAAGAACGAGUAGGAGAAGCGUUACCGUCAAACACCGUCAUUUACACUACUAUGGAGCCAUGUAAUCUUCGAUUGAGUGGAAACAUGCCAUGCGCAGAUCGAAUUAUCAGGACGAAAGGCAAGGAUGGCGAGCAGCGAAUCAAAAAGGUGUUCCUUGGGGUCAAAGAGCCAGAGAAAUUCGUGGGUGAGAAUGAAGGAAGGAAGAAACUUGAGGAGCAUGGGAUCGAAUGUGUCCAUGUGCCUGGAUUAGAGGAACGGAUAUUGAAUGUUGCUACCGCCGGUCAUGAACAAUAGAAAUGCAUUUGCAAGAGCAUCCUAAUACAG